CAAAAAUAUAUAUGUGUUUGCAAUUUUAAAUUGAGAAUUAUAAUUUAUAAUUUAAAUUCAUAAUCUAAUGCUUAUACUUUAUAUGUUACAAACUUUUAGUGAUGAGUGAAAUCAUUUCAAAGACUUGCGUUGAUGUAAACGGUUGGUCCGUUUGGUACGAAAAGUUUGGAUCGGGACCUAAAGUUGUGCUAUUAAUACCCGGAGCCAUAGGGACCGGAAGGACUGAUUUUAAAGAGCAAUUGGAAGGAGAGGAUGAACUUGAUUAUGAUAAGUUUACUUUGAUCGCUGUGGAGCUGCCCGGUUGGGGCCGAUCCAGACCUCCCGUUAGAAAGUAUGGCACCGGUGUCUACGAUAAUGAUGUUCACUGUCUCCACAUCUUAAUGAAGGAAUUGAAUUAUAAUAAGUAUUCAAUAAUCGGUUGGUCUGACGGCGCGAAUGUAGCGCUUCGUAUGGCAACUAAAUACCAACAAUCGGUUGAGUCCUUAAUAUUGGUUUCCGUUUAUACUUAUGUAACAAAUGUUACGUUGAAAUUAUUGAUGUCUUCGCAAACCGUUAACGACUGGAAUAAACACAAACUCGAGGCUUAUCUCCGAAGUUAUGAAAGCAAAGAUGUGAUCCAACAGUUGUGGACCCGAUAUAUAAAGUUUAUUGAAUACUUCAACCAAUACUAUCCGGAAAGUAAAAAUGCUUUUCAAUCGAUUAAAUGCAAAACUCUU